GCUUGACGUCACAGAAUGUUGCAUCGUUAGCAAGAAAGCUAACAGAACACCGACAUUUACAGCUCACAAUAAACACAUUCGUUGUAGUAGGACUUAGGAAGUAUAUAGUCGAAUGAGAGGAUCGCCACUUUGGGGGAAAUUCGAGAAGUUGCUGAGAUGAAGUUGCAUCAGUGCCAUCUUUGUUCAAAGUCUUUCCCAUCGCCAUCUAAACUUAAGAGACAUUAUGUCAUCCAUACUGGCCAGAGGCCCUUCCUCUGCACGAUCUGUGGAAAAGCCUUCUCACAGUCUCAUCAUCUAAAACUGCACAAGCAGAAAGUCCAUCCUUCAAGGCCUCCAUCGGGACCUCAGGAUCUACAGGAUGGAAUUUUAACUCGUGACCAACACCCAAAAUGUGAUAAUCCAGCUGCAGGGAUUAACACACAUGGCAGAAGUAACUACACUCCAAUGCCUGUGCCUGUAUCAUCUUCUGUGGCCUCCCAUAUGGAACAGAAAAGGGAAAUUGUGACUGACAACAUUUUUCUUCCGUCCUCUGAAAAUAUGCCAUGUGUAAAUAAUGGCUCAGUGACUCUGGAUGCAGUACCUCAGACGCAAGUUGAUUCUGCAAAUGGGGACACAUCUGUACGCAUUGCCAGCAGGGGAUACAUCUGCAAAGUCUGCUUGAAGUCAUUUAGCUCAUCUCUUCAGCUUUGGGUUCACGCACCAACUCAUAACAAACCAAAACAACGUGAGACGGGUAGAGAGUCAAGCAAGACUUUUUCUGAACAGGGUUAUUCAAAAGGGCACCUGCAGACACAAAAAUUGAGCUCAGGCAGAGGCAAAAUUACCUUAAAACACCAGUGUCAUAAAUGUCUGAAAACCUUCUGCACACCAUCCAAAUUACAACGGCAUUUCCUUAUUCAUACGGGGCAGAAACCCUACUCUUGUAAGAACUGCUUCAAAUCCUUCAGACAGAAGGAACAUUUACAGUGUCAUUUAAAUAGUCCAAAUAGAUGCCCACUUACUGCCGGCACUGAAAAGAAACAACAGCGGUUUUGUCAUAGCAGACAAAGCUCAGGUCUGCAGCCUCAGUCAGCAACGCAACAGCGGCCCACCAGCCAUCGCCCUUGCACGAAUUCCUCAAUGGAACUGGAGCUCCAGUGUAAAAUAAGUGUAAAUGCAGUGCAGGAUCUGAACACGACUGAAAUCAAGUCAGAGGCAGUCGUAAAUCAAGAGCAACCAUUAAAUACAAGCGGUCCGUGUCAGAGUAUUCAUCAUAAGUCAGAUGAACAAGAGCAGCAACAUUCAACACGUGAACACUUAAAACCAUUCCAGUGUGCGAUUUGCAGCAGAUCGUUUCGGCUAAGAGUCAAUUUAAUACGUCAUCGUAAAAUUCACAGGAACCAGAAAGAAUUGGGAGGUCGUACCUCUGUGCAAAACAGCAAUGAUAGGAUGUCUGAUUCUGACGCAAUGAAACAUUCACCUGAACCCAUCGACUUGAACAUCAUCGUUAAACCAGAAACAUGGAGUCCAAAUGGCAGUGAUUACAGUGACUCGCUUCCUCAGGAUUCUGAGUUAAUCACAGCAGCAGAGCAGCAGAGGCAAACCUGCCGUGCCACCAGAGAGCGGCAGAGAAUUAAACCUUUACAUCAAUGCCAUACAUGUUUAAAAUAUUUUCCAUCCGCAUCAAAACUUCAGAGGCAUGCGAUGACUCAUACUGGACAAAGGCCCUUUGCCUGCGAGACAUGUGAAAAGAGAUUUCGUCAGAAAUCACACUUGAGGGUCCAUUGUCGCUCACACCUGCGGUCUAGAUAUCCCAAACAACGAUCGCUGUAUAUCAAUCGGCCGCCGUCUCGUAGAGGCAGGUUUAACACAAGGACUGCAGCAGACGUCUCACUCCAGGAAAUGUUAGCAGACAAGAAGGACUUUGAGACACACACUGGCAGCUAUGUAGUCUCUGUGAAACAUUUAGAUGAGACCUCUUCUGUAGUAAUUAUUGAGAGUAACAGAGAACCAGAUAAGUUGUUGCCACAUACCUCUAAGAACAAUGAGGUUGUGCGAAAUUUUUCUAACAUGACUGCGAAAAGGAAACAGAUCCCUAAGUCAACGCAAAAUCCCGGCAUCUUGCGACACCAGUGCUCCCGGUGUUUAAAGUGUUUUCCGUGUGCCUCUAAAUUACAAAGGCAUGAAAUGGUGCACACAGGUGUGAAGCCAUUUCAGUGUGCUGGGUGUGGGAAAGCAUUCAGGCAAGCUGGGCAUCUAAAAAUUCAUGAAGGAAGUACCUGUAAGGGCAAACCACCCAAGCCAGUCAAUCAGCAGGGGAACAGCAGAAAAGAGAAAGCACAUUGUCAGCCGCAGCUUUACCCAAGAAUCAGUGUUCGUAUCCCUCAGAAGAAAAAAUCUGCAAACACACACAAUACAGUGUCACAUUCUGAUUGUGCUGAAGGUAAUGGAGUGAGUGCAAAAGCGAACGGUCUCUUAAAGACAAAAGCUAAAAGUAACGUAGCUUGUAAAGAAAAGAAACUUCACACAUGCCGAAUAUGCUUUAAGAGCUUUCCUGCUCCAACCAAGCUCUCAAGACACAUGGUCACUCACUCUGGGGUGAGGCCGUACAAAUGCAGCCUGUGCAGCAAAACCUUCACACAGCACAGUCAUCUAAAAACUCACGAACACAAAUGCCGACAGAGUAGCAAGAUGUUUGAUUGUAUUCAAGAACAAAUACAAAUUCCUAACCAUCUCCAGGAUACAUGCAGUGUAAACCUUAUAGAUUUUAAUGUAGAUGCAACAAAAGAGCAGCCGGAGUCACAUUACACAAGUGUUGGUCAUUACUCUUUAAGUGAUGGAGAUUUAUCUUAUUGUGCAGAGGCAAGACACACUGAGUGGUUGGCGGUGCCAGAAGUAGGCUCCCAGGAGGAGCAGAGAAAAGCAGAGGAAACGCAGAGAGACAAUUGUCAUCAAGCUACAGACAGUUACAGUUAUUCAUUCCCCUCUGAUCUUGCAUCUGAAAUAAAUAAGCUUGUCCAAAAUCAAAACAUGGCACCUUUGUUGCAACAGUAUGAAAGCAAUGCACAUACUGUAGAAACAACAUGUCCGCUGGCGCCGAAAGGAGUUGCAGCUAUUUCAGAUAGCAACAAGCUGCUCGGUGAUGAACUCCCAAGUCCUGUGGUUGAGAAUCAAAUGCAGCCGGAUGAUUACUGGUCCGAACCGAUAAUUGUGUUCGAAUGCGGCAAUUGCAUCACAAGUUUUAAGAGUCAAAGCGAUCUCAAACAACAUGUUUGUUCAACUCAUGCUCAACCUGAAAUGACAAAGCCAGCCGACAAGAAUCGCUGUGACAUUUGCUUCAAACGUUUUGUGACUCCCUCUAAACUGAAAAGGCAUUAUGUUAUCCACACAGGUCAGAGGCCGUUCAGUUGUGACAUCUGUGGCAAGACGUUCAGUCAGGCAGCACAUAUUGGAAAACACAGACUGACUCACUGAUAGUUUGCAUUUUUACUGUGUAAUGUUGGUUUUAUUUGUACAGUUGUGUUUUUGUAUGCUGUAUGUAUAAUAUGCAGAAGAUGUAUAAUAUGGACUUGUAUAUUUUAAGUAUUUGAUGAAUUAAACAUGUUUCAUGAUAUUUUA